UGUAGAAUAUGUUGGAUUGAUUUUGGUGAAUCUAAUCAGUGCGAUCCCUCAGGGCGAUAACGAUCGUAUGCGGCCUCAUUUGGAAUUAUUACUCAACAAUUUUGCAGAUAAAGGAAUAUAUAUAUCAGCCUAUAAAUUCCGACGUGCCCGUACCAUACUGGACCAGCUGAAGCUUGGUGGGUUGAAGGCUAAUGCCGCUAAGAUUGUAGAUCCUGUGGACGGAGUAGUAACAUCAUCUGGAAGGAUGGACUUUUUGGCAAAGGAUAUUGAAAAUAUUGACAUGCUAGAAGCCAACCUGCAAGAACUAAAGACAAAAGACGGAAAUUUUAGACCCGUAUUGAGACGUCUGAUUGAAGCUUACUGUGAGACAAAUCAACCCGAUAAAGCUUUGGAAUAUAAAGUUGAAUGGGAUAAUUCAGGUUACGAGCCUGCUGCGGGUAUUCUGUCCAGGCUUAUUGGAGUUUGUAGUGCAAAUAACAACCAACAAGAAGCCCUUAAGCUGAGGAAUGAAUUGAAAGCAAAAUUUCCUGAGUUUAAAAUGGAUAUGCUAAAAUACUGCCAACUGAUUCAUGGAGCAGUGAAAGAGAACAAAAUUGAUGUUGCCUUGAAUCUAGUUGAUGAUAUCAAGGAAUGUGGCACCUCGACUGACAACGUAGAACGACGGGUCUUCUUCCUACUUCAGAAUUUGACUGAGGAAGGAUAUAUAGAAGAAGCUAAGCAGUUGACAAGAAAAUUUAUUGACUGCAAUAUUGUUAAUUCAAACAACAAUAUUCUGAGGCCCGUGGUCACUGCUCUAAUGGACAAGAGAGACAUGGAAGGUGCAUUGUCAUGGAUACAGGAAUGCCAAGCCAAGUAUGGAUUUAUGCCAAGUUUUCAUGAUAUAUUGGUGCGUCUUAUUAAUGAGGGAGAUAAGGACAUGCUUCAGAAGGCAAUGGAGUUUAGUAGUUCCCAUCAUGGUGACAUUAAUAUGCUGUAUGAUAUGACAUUUGCAUUUUUGACUACUAGUAAAUUUGAUGAGGCAAAGAAAAUCAUUGAUACACCAGGGAUGAUUGCUAGAGCAGGAAGACUUCAGUGGUACUCAGAAAAAUGCCUGGUAGACCAAAUGCAAGAACAGAUGGAGAAAUUAGUUGAAAUCACCAAAGAUCUAUACAACUGUAACAGAGAUAACCUUUAUUUCUCUCUCUUGCAACUUUAUGCUAGGAAAGAAGAUCCUAAUAAAUGCCUUCAAAUCUGGACCAACAUGCAAGAAGAGGAAGUGAUCCCAUCUGAUCGUACGCUGCGAUACCUAGCUAAUGUUUUGAAAUCUCAUGAUCAGCCUAUACCCUAUGAAGUACCACAGAUAAUGGAUAUGUCUCCUCAAAGUGGUAUUACAGAUAUUAAUGGUGAUGACAGCAAUAUUGUUAAGUUAUGCUUGGAAGGGAAUAUAGAUCAAGCUUUGCAACUGAUUAAUGAUGCUAAGGAGAACAAAACAUCAUUGAAGUACAAAACGCUUGACACUGUCAUUUUGUCUGCUCUUAAACUGGGUGACGUUGAUACAGCAUUGAAAGUCCGAGAUAUUAUUAAAGAGUUUGGUUUGACGGUGAAUAAAUUAACCAACAGCGCUAUCUUCUUUCAUUACAUUGAAACUGACAACUUACCUGCUGCUGAAAACAUCUUUGAAGAUUUCAUUGCCAAAGGAAUUCAGCCAACUGUUAGAAUGACACGUGCACUUGCACUUAAGUAUGAGCAGACUGGCAACAUGGAUAAAAUCAAUAACAUGAUAGAUCAACUCGGUGAUUCUCAUGAUGAACAAUACCAACUUUAUAAGUAUGUGCUUGGUGCAUUGCUUUAUAGGAAUGAGUUAGACACAGCUUUCACAAAAAUUAAAGAGAAACUUUCAGAAACACAGAAUGGUGACAAAGUUGGACUUCGCUCAUUCUUUUCUAAGAUGAUACAAAAUGAACUACCACUUGACAAAGGUUAG